AGAGCGCGCGUCAGGCGAUACAAACUGGCAGCCGCCAUGUUGUGUCUCCGGGGGCCCGGAGCGACGUCCGGUAGUAAACAGUAGAUGACGGUAGUUCCCCGGAAACGGAGCGCAGCUGGAAGCCAUGAGCCGUCCGUCCUCAGCCGGAGCCGCAGCCGGAGCCGGAGGACUCGGGGCCGGUAAGACAGGCGGAGGGAAGCACGGGGGGUCCGGAGGCUCCGCUGCCGCCGCCGCCGCUGCAGCAGCAGCAGCCGCGGCCGCAGCAGCGGCAGCAGCCGCCGGGGUGAGCUCCGUGUCCGGGUCGGGGUCUGCCGCCCCUUCCUCCGCCGUGUCCCUGAGCGGGGCCGGCCUGCCCGGGCAGCCCCCGGAGCUCACGGCGCUGUUCGAGUGUCCGGUAUGUUUCGACUACGUGCUGCCGCCCAUCCUGCAGUGUCAGGCGGGUCACCUGGUCUGUAACCUGUGCCGCCAGAAGCUGAGCUGCUGCCCGACCUGCCGAGGCCCGCUCACCCCGAGCAUCCGGAACCUGGCCAUGGAGAAGGUGGCGUCCACCCUGCCGUUCCCCUGCAAGUACUCGUCGGCCGGCUGUCUGUUGUCUCUGCACCACAGUGAGAAGCCUGAUCACGAGGAGGUGUGUGAGUUCAGGCCGUACACCUGUCCCUGUCCCGGGGCCACCUGCAAGUGGCACGGUUCCCUGGAGGCUGUGAUGCCUCACCUGAUGCACGCGCACAAGUCCAUCACCACACUGCAGGGGGAGGACAUUGUCUUCCUGGCGACGGACAUCAACCUGCCGGGUGCCGUGGACUGGGUGAUGAUGCAGUCGUGUUUCAGCCACCACUUCAUGCUGGUUUUGGAGAAGCAGGAGAAGUACGAGGGCCACCAGCAGUUCUUUGCCGUAGUGCUGCUCAUUGGCACCCGCAAGCAGGCCGAGAACUUUGCCUACCGCCUGGAACUGAACGGCAACCGGCGGCGGCUCACCUGGGAGGCCACACCGCGCUCCAUCCAUGACGGGGUGGCGGCUGCCAUCAUGAACAGUGACUGCCUGGUGUUCGACACCUCCAUUGCCCAUCUGUUCGCCGACAACGGCAACCUGGGGAUCAACGUCACCAUCUCUAUGUGCUGAGGGGAGUGGUGAUGACGGCAGUUGCAUCACAACAGAGACACAAUGCAGGAGAAGAUAGGGAGGUGUUGAGUUCACUUCCUGUCUGUGGUUACAGGGACUCCGGUGGUGUUGGUGACAUAGCUGCAAAAUUUGAAGCAGCUUUAGUUGCUAAGAGGAAACAGGAGGGGGAGGAGGCAGGCGGCUGGGACCACCCUGUGUGAUCUGUGCAUUUGACGGAUUACGGGACAGAAUGGAUCGUCCGUUUGUCCCUUGAUUUGGUGCCAGAGACAUAAGUGGAAGAAAUCUGAAGCAUCAGGCUUCUAUCUUUAUCAAAUCAGUGAAAUAGAAGUCAAGUCUCCGACCGCCGCCUGUCCAGCCGGGACACCUGAGACUGAGCAGAAAGGAUUCUGGUCUUAUUAGAAGGAACAGACUUUACCGAAGCAGCACCAUGAGCCUUUGUCAGGAUAAUCAUAUUUCCUGUCACCCUGACGUGUUCACACUGUCUGAGUCUCUCUGAGUCUGAGAUACCUGAUGUGGUGACAGAAAAUAAAAACACAGGAAAUGAAAAAAAAAAAAAAACGAAGCUCCAAAGACUCGUCCGCAGUGAAAGCAGAAUAAUGUGAAAAUAUUUGUUCAAAGCAGAGUGGAAGGUGUCCAGUGAGUGACAGCAUCCAGCAGCAUCCUGACCCUUCAGCUUGUCUCUGCAACAUUCUGACUCUGCAGAUGUCUCUGCAGCGUUCCGACUCUGCAGCUCAUCUCUGCAGCGUUCUGACUCUAUAGCUUGUCUCUGCAGCGCUCUGACUCUGCAGCUCGUCUCUGCAGCAUUCUGACUCUGCUGCUCGUCUCUGCAGCGUUCUGACUCUGUAGCUCGUCUCUGCAGCGUUCUGACUCUGCAGCUCGUCUCUGCAGCGUUCUGACUCUGCAGCUCGUCUGCAGCGUUCUGACUCUGCAGCUCGUCUCUGCAGCGUUCUGACUCUGCAGCUCGUCUCUCGCAGUUUAAAGGUUGCCGUUGGACCUCUGUGGGAACAAGCUGAGCUGUGGAAUCCACUUUAAUCCUCAGACCGUCUUUAAUCUCAGAUAAAAGCAGUAAAAUGGAGGAAUAAUCCUCCGACCCCUCUUCCUGCAGUCUGUUCAGCCGCCAGCGCCUUAACUCUACUACCGCCAGCUUCUUCUUCCUGUCCCUGCUCUUUCUGACCUGCGCAGGGAAAUCCAGCUGAAACUGAUACCAGAAAACUAUUUAUAAUUAACAGUGUGGAUCCACGGUGACACGAUGGACUGUGAUGGAUUAUUAUCUUUACCAACAUUCCUCGUCUUUGAACCUUUGUAGCAGCUGACCGGGAAGAAACCGACUUCACCAGAUACCUCUGUCAACAGACACGUCUGUAACUGAACCAUGAACCCUCAGACCUCACCGGUGUUUCCUCUGUGUUCGUUCACUGAAAAAAAAAAAAAAAAAAGAAAUCCUGUUUACAGCUGAAAACAAAAUCUGAGUUACUUUACCUACCGGGUCUGGUCUUAAUUAUCCGUGUUGCUAGUUUUUGGACAAAAAAAAAAAAAAAAAAGUUUCCUUCUAUAAAGUGUCUGUGUCCAGACAGAGAAUGUUACCCUGACAUCAAACACCUGUUGCUCCUGUUUCUCCCCUUCAGUUACAGAGUUUCAUGGCGCUGCCUCCUGAUGUGUCACACCCUCUUUCCCCAGUUGAUUUGGAGCGUCUGUUUAUAUUUAGGUCGACAUCCAAUAAAUUACCACCUACACCACCUAGCGGCUCCGAACAUCAGACCUCUGAUCUGACAAACGAUCACCAUCUAUGAAGAAGUAUGAUUAGCUUGAUGUAGAACAUGAAGCCAAUCAGGACGGAGGAUUGUGUGACUAAGGUGCAACAGAUCCAGUGGUCCAAUGGUGGCGGUCCGGUCACGUUCAAUUUAUAAUGUUGGCAAGUUCGUAUCAGCCACAUGAGCAUCUUCAUCGUAUCGGCUGAAGCAGAAACUAAACUGAUAAAACAUUUUGGCAGCAUGUCAGCAAUGACCUGGAGGUAUGACAUCAUAGGAUUUCUUUGGUCAAACAUAGAUUAUAUUUCUGCUGAAAUUUCAUCCUAACAUUUUUCCACCUGCAUGAAUGUUCCGCAGGGCUGUGCAAGCAAAAACACAUAAAAUCUGUUCUUUUGUUUUUCACUUUUAUUGUGCUUCUGCAACACCAAUUCAAAAUCCUAAAACUGUAAACCAGCGGUCCCCAACUCCCAGAUUUCUCCUCAGUCAUACUUGUAUUUGUCCAUGUCUUCAAGCUAGUUCGCUGUCUCUGUCAAGUAGCUGUCCGUUAGUCACUCACUGUACAACAGGGUGCGGCACUUCAAAAUAAAAGCUCUGUGCUGAAAAUUCACUGUACUAUGUAACAAACUAAAUAAAAACGAUAUCAUUUGAAAAUAAUAACAGUAAACAAAGUACGCCCCCUAGUGUUUACCACAAGGAAAUACACCUUCAUGGAUCGAUAUAAACACCACCGCAGAAAUGAGAGAAAAGUUAAUUAGGAGAUUCAAGACCGCGGGGCUGAAACCCUGAAAUUGUUCUUGUCCUGUUUUAUUAUUCAUAAUAACAAUAAUUAUUAUUAUUCAGAAAUAUUUUCACAAAUUCCCGUGAGAUGGUUCAUCACAGAGACAAGAAAUUUUCACCCAUGGUUUGACGUUGUGUGCAAAUUGUGUUCAAUAAAUAUAAGACCAACUCAGACAGCCAGAUGGGGGCGCCAUCAUUUAGGCGCAAAAUUUCAAUUUUGAAAUGGCCACGCCCCCAAACUGUGAGUCAGACUGAGUUGAAACUCGACACACAAGUUCAGCUCGAUGUGCUCCACAAAAAUGCCUCAAGAGCUAUGAAGGUCCACCGGGAAAGAUUUCAGCCAUUUUGAAUAUUUUUGGAAAACACAUUUUUGACAACUUUCUAAAGCGUAGGUCGGACUCGUACCAACCUUUGUGUGUCAGCUUUUAGUUUUAAAGGGGAACUAAACCCCCCUCUCUGGGCAUUACUCCGCCCACAGCUUGAUUUCAAAAAGUUCAGAAAAGAUAGGCGGAGGUGAGGGAAGGACCG